AUGCAGUCCUAUCUGCAAUACCGACAGUUGGGCCAUGUCGUCCACAAGCAGCUCGAGAACGCCCCAGAGCAUGAUGCGACCGGUGCCGUGAACGUUGACGCCCCGGUCGGCGCGACGUCGGUGCUCUCGAACCAAGGCCACCGCGCCGACCAAACCACAAAUCCGCUGUCUCAGAAAGCCUCACAUGGCUCUGAAAAGUCCCCUCUGGCUCAGUCCCUUCCCGGCAUUGAGAUCCAAAAACAACUCGAUGCGUCGUCUCCAAACUCACAUAUCUUCGUUGUUGGCUGGGAAGGCGAGAAUGACCCUCUCAAUCCAUAUAACUUCAGCUAUGCUCGGCGAAUGGUGGCAACGCUGCUCGUGACUGCACUGGCUUUCAUCGUCGGUGCGGCCUCAGCCAUUGAGUCUGGAGUUCUGCCCCAGAUUACGGAGGCGUAUGGCGUCAGUGAGGUUGUUGGAUCAUUGGUGACAGGCGUCUAUCUCCUCGGUUUCGCCACCGGCUCGCUGUUCAGUGGACCUCUUUCGGAAAUCCUCGGUCGCAACGCCGUAUACGCCGGUUCCCUUACUCUAUUCAUGAUCUUCAUCAUGGGAUCGGCUCUGGCCCCGAACCUUGGUGCCCAGCUUGCCUUCCGCUUCCUGGCUGGUAUCUUUGGCUGCCCACCUUUGACAUGCGCGGGCGGAACCAUUGCGGACCUGUGGAAUCCACUCGAAAAGACCAUCACCUUCCCCAUAUAUGCCAUAUUAUCAUUCGGUGGACCUGUUCUGGCUCCGGUGAUUGCUUCCUUCAUUGGACAAACAGGUGUUUUGAGUUGGGAGUGGACGGCGUGGAUUAUACUCAUUGCUUCCGGGGCUAUCUUUGUCCUUGUUCUUCUUUUCCAGCCUGAGACAUACGCUCCGCUGCUGUUGAAAUGGAAAGGGAAGCAUCUGCGUCAGAAGACGGGUGAUCCUCGUUUCCGUUCCGCCAUGGAUAUGGACAAGGUCUCGCUGCUUAACCGGAUUGCAGGCGCGUUGAAGCGGCAGUUUCUCAUCACAUUCCACGAGCCCAUUAUCUUGCUGAUCUCUCUUUACAUGACUGUCCUGUACAUUGUCUUGUUUACGUUCUUUGAUGGCUAUGCCGACAUUUUCACUGAGGUCCACGGUCUCUCUCAAGGUCUCACGAAUAUUUCCUGGGUGGCAAUGUAUAUUGGCAUAUCACUUGCUGGGCUUCUGGUUCUUCCAAUCUACCGCUGGACCAAGGGAGAUUUUACCGCAGCUGCGGAGGAGGUCAAUGGUAUAGACCCUGCAUCUGACCGUCAUGCCUUGGAUAAUGUGCACACCAAGCCGGAAGUUCGGCUCUGGUUUGCCAUGUUUGGGGCGCCGCUUAUUCCUAUCAGCCUCUUCUGGAUGGGUUGGACUGACUUUGCUUCUGUCUCAAUUUGGUCACCUAUCGUGGCAUCAAGCUUUUUUGGCUUCGGCUGUAUCUGCAUUUUCAUCAGCUCUUACAUGUACAUCAUCGACUCUUAUGGCAUUUAUGCCGCAUCUGCCCUGGGUUUCAUGACUGUGUCACGAUACUUUGCAGCCGGGGGUAUGACCGUUGUUGGGGUUCCUUUCUAUAAGAACAUGGGUGUCCACUGGACCCUGACGAUCCUGGGAUGUAUCAGCGCGAUCAUGGUUCCCGUGCCAUAUGUGUUCUACCGUUAUGGACCCGUCAUUCGGAAAUGGUCUCGCUAUGCCGCUGCAGAUGAGGUCAAGGGCUCAGUGUGA